UCCAGUUCCCAACUACGAGUCCCGAGUUUGUAGAUGGGGCUGCUCGGCGGCGCCUGCGGCUGAGGAAGAGCAGCGGCUGCGGGAGGAGGGGAGCGACGGCGGCGCGGAGGAAGCCGAGGUGCGAGCCGCAAUGCAGCAAGUGUUGGAUAACCUUACGGAGCUGCCCUCAUCUACAGGAGCAGAAGAAAUAGACCUAAUUUUCCUCAAGGGGAUAAUGGAGAAUCCUAUUGUAAAAUCACUUGCUAAGGCUCACGAGAGGCUAGAAGAUUCAAAACUAGAAGCUGUCAGUGAUAAUAACUUGGAAUUAGUCAACGAAAUUCUUGAAGAUAUCACUCCUCUAAUAAAUGUGGAUGAAAAUGUGGCAGAACUGGUUGGUAUACUCAAAGAGCCUCACUUCCAGUCACUCUUGGAGGCCCAUGAUAUUGUGGCAUCAAAGUGUUAUGAGUCACCUCCAUCAAGCCCAGAAAUGAAUAAUUCUUCUGUCAAUAAUCAGUUAUUACCAGUAGAUGCCAUUCGUAUUCUUGGUAUUCACAAAAGAGCUGGGGAACCACUGGGUGUAACAUUUAGGGUUGAAAAUAAUGAUCUGGUAAUUGCCCGAAUCCUUCAUGGAGGGAUGAUAGAUCGACAGGGUCUGCUUCAUGUGGGAGAUAUCAUUAAAGAAGUCAAUGGCCAUGAGGUUGGAAACAAUCCAAAGGAAUUACAAGAAUUACUGAAAAAUAUUAGUGGAAGUGUCACCCUGAAAAUUUUACCAAGCUAUAGAGAUACCAUUAUUCCUCAACAGGUAUUUGUGAAAUGUCAUUUUGAUUAUAAUCCAUACAAUGAUAACCUGAUACCCUGCAAAGAAGCAGGAUUGAAGUUUUCAAAAGGAGAAAUUCUUCAGAUUGUAAACAGAGAAGACCCCAACUGGUGGCAGGCUAGCCAUGUAAAAGAGGGAGGAAGCGCUGGUCUCAUUCCAAGCCAGUUCCUGGAAGAGAAGAGAAAGGCAUUUGUUAGAAGAGACUGGGACAAUUCAGGACCUUUUUGUGGAACCAUAAGUAGCAAAAAAAAGAAAAAGAUGAUGUAUCUCACAACCAGAAAUGCAGAAUUUGAUCGUCAUGAAAUCCAGAUAUAUGAGGAGGUAGCCAAAAUGCCUCCCUUCCAGAGAAAGACAUUAGUAUUGAUAGGAGCUCAAGGUGUGGGACGAAGAAGCUUGAAAAACAGGUUCAUAGUGUUGAAUCCCACUAGAUUUGGAACCACAGUGCCAUUUACUUCACGGAAACCAAGGGAAGAUGAAAAAGAUGGCCAGGCAUAUAAAUUUGUGUCACGAUCUGAGAUGGAAGCAGAUAUUAAAGCUGGAAAAUAUUUGGAACAUGGGGAAUAUGAAGGAAAUCUCUACGGAACCAAGAUUGACUCUAUUCUUGAAGUUGUCCAAACUGGACGAACUUGCAUUUUGGACGUCAACCCACAGGCCCUGAAAGUGCUGAGGACAUCCGAGUUCAUGCCCUAUGUUGUGUUUAUUGCCGCUCCCGAACUAGAGACGUUACGUGCCAUGCACAAGGCUGUAGUGGAUGCUGGUAUCACUACCAAGCUUCUGACGGACUCUGACUUGAAGAAAACAGUGGAUGAAAGUGCACGGAUUCAAAGAGCAUACAACCACUAUUUUGAUCUGAUCAUUGUAAAUGACAAUCUAGACAAAGCCUUUGAGAAACUACAAACUGCCAUAGAGAAACUGAGAAUGGAGCCACAGUGGGUCCCAAUCAGCUGGGUUUACUGAUGAUUCAAUAAGGUCCACAAUUAAAAGAAAAAUUUCAAAAAGUGACUGCAACAAGUAAACCUUCUACUGAGAAAAUACAUGCACAGAUAGAAGAUAUCUGCCAAGUCCAGGCAUUUUUAUUGUGUAGAUUGAAGUACCAGUACACUAUUCUGGAUUUUUAUAGAAAAUGUGGUUGGG